AUGCAGAUCAACAUCGCCGCCCUUGCUGUUCUUGCCCUCUCGAUUGGCACCUUUGCCUCGCCAGCCUUCAAGGGCGUCCAUUUUGCUAACUACGGAUCGAGCUACGGAUCGAGCUACGUAUCGAGCGCCGUUGCCUCUUCCUCAGCUCCUGCUGCGCCCACAUCAACUGCUGCUGCACCAACCUCGGCUGCUGCUUCACCAACCUCGGCUGCUGCUGCACCUACAUCGGCUGCUGCUUCACCGACCUCAGCUGCUGCUGCACCAACCUCAGCUGCUGCUGCACCAACCUCAGCUGCUGCUGCACCAACCUCAGCUGCUGCUUCACCGACCUCAGCUGCUGCUUCACCAACCUCAGCUGCUGCUUCACCAACCUCAGCUGCUGCUGCACCAACCUCAGCUGCUGCUUCACCGACCUCAGCUGCUGCUUCACCAACCUCAGCUGCUGCUUCACCAACCUCAGCUGCUGCUGCACCAACCUCAGCUGCUGCUUCACCGACCUCAGCUGCUGCUGCACCGACCUCGGCUGCUGCUGCACCUACAUCAGCUGCUGCUGCACCCACAUCGGCACCUGUCCCUGGCGGGUACGCGUCGAACGGGUCGUAUGGGUCGUACGGGUCAUCGGGUGUCGUGCCCCCGGUCACCUCGACAGUGACAGUAACUGCUCCUGCGACCACCGUGACCGCUCCUGCAACCACCGUGACCGCUCCUGCAACCACCGUGACCGCUCCUGCAAUUACUGUGACCGGUCCUGCGACCACCGUGACAGCUCCUGCAACCACCGUGACAGCUCCUGCGAUUACUGUGACCGCUCCUGCAACCACCGUGACCGCUCCUGCAACCACCGUGACCGCUCCUGCGACCACCGUGACCGCUCCUGCAACCACCGUGACCGGUCCUGCAACCACCGUGACCGGUCCUGCAACCACCGUGACCGCUCCUGCAACCACCGUGACCGCUCCUGCAAUUACUGUGACCGGUCCUGCAACCACCGUGACAGCUCCUGCAACCACCGUGACAGCUCCUGCGAUUACUGUGACCGCUCCUGCAACCACCGUGACCGGUCCUGCGACCACCGUGACAGCUCCUGCGAUUACUGUGACCGGUCCUGCGACCACCGUGACCGCUCCUGCAACCACCGUGACCGCUCCUGCAACCACCGUGACCGCUCCUGCAACCACCGUGACCGCUCCUGCAACCACCGUGACCGCUCCUGCAACCACCGUGACCGCUCCUGCAACCACCGUGACCGCUCCUGCAACCACCGUGACCGCUCCUGCAGGCACCGUGACCGAUACAGUUACUGCUCCUGCAACCACCGUGACUGCUCCUGCGACCACCGUGACCGCUCCUGCGACCACCGUGACCGCUCCUGCAACCACCGUGACCGCUCCUGCAAUUACUGUGACCGGUCCUGCGACCACCGUGACAGCUCCUGCGACCACCGUGACUGCUCCUGCGGUUACUGUGACUGCUCCUGCGACCACUGUGACCGCUCCUGCAGGCACCGUGACCGAUACAGUUACUGCUCCUGCAACCACCGUGACUGCUCCUGCGACCACCGUGACUGCUCCUGCGACCACUGUGACCGCUCCUGCGAUUACUGUGACCGGUCCUGCAACCACCGUGACUGCCACCUCGACGGUGACUAACACAGUGACGGCACCAGCACCUGGUGGAUAUGCUAGCGGUGGAUACAACAAUGGAUACAACAGUGGAGCUGCGGCUGCUGCUCCUGCCCCUGCCCCUACUGCACCAGCUGCCCCUACUCCGACCUCUGGAACUGCUGCUGCCCGUGUCUAAAAGUGAAAAUGCUGUCUAAAAGCGGAAAUAGAUGAUUUCCGUCGUUUGUUUUGUGUCUCUUUGCAUCUAACUCCAAUCCUUUACAUUCUUACUAAGCGCAUUGAGCCGUUUGUAGUCUACCUUGCAAGUGGAUGUUUUUAUAAAAUAAAGCCUGUCUAUAC